AUGGUUGGUUGUCCGUCCGGGCUAAAGCUGAAUUACGGCACUCCCGACCCAAGGACUGUGUACCCCUUCGUGGGAGUAGACUUGGUUUUCGAGAAGAGGAGAAAGUCCAUCCUGAACUUGAAGGUGUGGGCUGGGGAUCUCGGCUGCUACCAUUGGCUGAUCUUUCUUUAUGUUACAGGAAACGUCGAGCUGGCCGCAGAGGCCUUCGAUCCAUUCAGACUUCCGCUGGUGGGGCCAAGUUCUGAUGAUAGGAUGCGAAGUGUGAUCAUCGGUAAGAAGUCUCUUCAACUCAGCCCCAACAAGAGAGUUGAUGUUGAUAGCAUUAGGUGUGUUGGCCAUAUUGUCAUCCAGACACAGCGAUUCGGAUUGAGCGACCACAAACUGAACACUGUUGCUUGCAACAGUAGGGGAGGCAAUUUCCUCGUCGGCUACCUCUUCUUAGAGGAUCCCAAAGGGGAGCCUACCGAGGCCGUGGAGGUCAUGGACGAGGUGGUAUGGACAUGUAUGGAGGAGGCGGCUCGAUGA